AUGACUUCCUCCACCCACGGCGGGGAUAGAGAUAUCGUCAAAUGCUUGCCAGCGGAGUGUUUGGCCCACAUCAUCUCCUUCACUUCCCCUUCCGACGCCUGCAGAUCCUCCGUGGUUUCUUGUUCCUUCCAAUCAAUCGCCGAUUCUGACGACGUCUGGAAGAGCUUCCUCCCGUCCGAUCACGAGGAUAUCCUCUCCGGCUCCGAGUCCUGGCCGGAGCUCUCCGCGAAGGAACUCUACCUCCAUCUCUGUCACAACCCAGUCAUACUCACCAAUCAGACCAUGAGCUUUGCAUUGGAGAGACAGAGUGGGAAGAAAUGCUAUAUGGUGGGAAGCAGAGGACUUGAAAUCGUAUGGGGAGACACGCCUGCAUACUGGAUUUGGACAUACUUGCCGGAGUCGAGGUUCGGGGAAGUGGCGGAGUUGCAGUAUGUGUGGUGGUUUGAUAUCAAGGGCAGGAUAGAGACCAGAAUGUUGUCGCCGGCGACGAACUAUGCAGCCUACUUUGUUUUCCAGUUCUCCAGGGAGCGGCGCGGGUUCAGCGACAAGGCAAUAGAUCUACGAGUCCAGUUGGAAAAGAGUGGAGAAGAGGAAGCGGAGAGCAAGUGCGUGAUAAUCGACCCUCCUGAUGGUGUGCCUAAACCAUACCAAGAAAGGGGAGAUGGAUGGUUAGAGAUUGAAAUCGGAGAGUUCUUCAACGACAUCGGUGUCGAUGACACAUUACUAUGCAAUUUGAUGGAAACCGAUGGGAGUUUUUUCAAGGCCGGCCUCAUCGUUGAGGGCAUUGAAUUCCGCCCCAAGACCACUAUGUAG